GCUGGCUGAGGCAACACACACAAAAUCCGCACCGUCCCCGUGUGUUGUAGCGGCUCCACUACUGGACUCUUGCUUGGACUUUCGGAAGUGCAGUGAAGGGACGUCACGUCCGAGUAUCGAAAACGACCUGGGACUAACGGUCCCCCCCAAACCAGAGCCCAGGGGGACACAGACACGGCCACGGCGAGCAACUGAUGUUAUUCGCAGUGAAGUUCCAGGGAAAGAGCGAGAACAAAGACACAAAUCUCUACCCUCUUUUCCAACCGACCAGAGUUCAUGCCUGUCUGUGGCUACCGACGACAGCCCAUUUCCUCAGCCUGAUGAGCUACUCAGUUUCUCCGAAAAAGUUAUGCCCCUCCCAGUUCCAAAGCCCCGCCUUCAAGAAACACCCCUGCCACAGGACAGCAAAUCCCAGGCAGCUGAUAAAGAAAUAGUGUCCAGCACAACGACUCUGCAGAGUCCUGAUAGUGGUGACUCAGGUGAAGCAGCAUCCACUGAACACGAGGGCAGACUCUUUGAUGGAUGCAAUGACAGCGAGGGAGACUCUCCCUCAAGUGAGAUUCAGCUGGUUUGCACUCCCUCUUCUCCCCAUUCCAGCAGCGACCCCAAAGCUGGAGAGAAACCACACAGAAUUGAGCCCUACCCUGAAGCCCCACUCAAUUCCCAACCUGGUGUGUUCCUUCACUUUGAAGGAGAUAGGAAGGAGGAACCUGACAUUCCUGAGGGAAUGUACAUGGAAUUAGGCACAUCACCAUCUGAAGUAGAUGUCCACUGUACCACUGUAGUCCUGUGCAGCAGCAACUUAGGGUCUCCAGUUUUCCCAGAUGGUGGUGUCAGAGAAGCAGAGCAUCCGCCGUUCUCAAAAGUGCACAACCCCCUCCCCCCCGCCCCUGCCAAACCCCUGCCACCACUAAGGAUGCAAAGCACAAACACGGACAGGGAAAUGAGGAAGAUCUAUGAAACUCUCACCCAGAAGGUUGUGGAAGAACUCAAGGAGAAGUUCCCCAGCAAUAGUGAGGAGACUAAGUCCAAGAAGGAGACACACUUGAAGAAGGAGAAAGGGCAUAACAUUUUCCUUUUCUGCAAGAGGUCCCCCACACACGCGACAGCACCAUCAUCUUCCCAGAAAAUGAAGUCGCCCUUGGCAGAGCUCAUUUUGUUAACCUUUAAGAGCAAGGAGAACAUUCAAGAACCCCAGGAAGCCACUGUGAAUACUCAGUCAACCUCAGCGCUGGAGAGCCCUGAGAGAGAGUCUGAGGGGGAUACAACUGUGAAAGACUGUAGGGAUGCGUCUGACGCCACCUCCCCAGCCACUCCACUGGGCAUACAGGCAUGUCUGGACCAGGAAGAAGACAUGUUGCCCCACCUGGCAAAGGAUGUUCAAGACACAAUGUCAUCUCUACAGUGUGUCAUGAGUAAGACGUCCAUCAGGGAGUGCCAUAUGUUCCUGAAACCAUUCUGGAAGGACCGAACCAUUGUGCUGAACAGUGGAGUACUGACACAACUAAACAAGCAGCAACUGCUGCUCCAAGAGAGCAUGUAUGAGGUGGUGACUACAGAGCAGUCCUAUUUGAAGAGCCUGAAUGUGGUGGUAGACCUCUUCAUGGAGUCGCCUACCCUCAACAAGGUCCUUGCACCUCGAGACCGCAAAUCCCUCUUCUCCAGCAUAGGCAGGAUCCGAGAGAUCAGCCAAAAUUUUCUAGAUGCCAUGAAGGUGGAGCUGGGAUCAAAUCUGUACUGUAAUGUGUGUGAGGUCAUCCGCCUCCAUGCCAGUGGAAACUUUGCCGCCUACGUUAACUACAUACGCAACAUACGUUACCAGGAGCAGACUCUACAUAACCUGGGGAAGGAAAACCCCCAGAUAGAGGAAAUUCUCAGACAGCUGCAGGAGGACUCCCGCUGUAACCGUCUGCCACUGAAGUCCUUCCUGGUUCUGCCCUUCCAGAGGAUCACACGCCUUAAGAUCCUGGUGCAGACUAUUCUGAAGAGGACGGACCCAGGAUCAGACGAGCAGUUAUCGGCAGAGAGAGCACUGAAGGAGGUAUCAAAGGUAGUGGAGGCCUGUAACCAUGAGGUGGGAAGGAUGCAGCAGAUGGAGGAGCUGGUGCACAUUGCCAACAAGACAGAAUAUAAUUGCAAGGGUCUUCCUCUGGUCUCUUCCUCCCGUUGGCUCGUGAGGCAAGGGGAACUGGCUCAGCUGACUGACAAGGGGAACAUCUUUGGCCAAAGGAAAGGCUCUCCUGUCCACUUGUUCCUCUUCAAUGACCUGCUGUUAGUCACUAUCAAAAAAGGGCUCGAUCGCUUCGUGGUGCAGGAUCAUGUCCACCGCUCCCUCAUUGAGAUCGCCGAUGAGGCGGAAGAGGUGGAAUGUGAGCUGGAGAACACCUUCCUGCUGGUCCUGCUGAAGAACCACAAAGGGACCACUUCUCGCUGCCUGCUGAGAGCCCCUUCCUCGGAAGAGAAGGCCAGCUGGGUGGAGGCCCUGAAACCACGGAAUAGUGAGAAAAAUGAAAUGUAUGAAGAGUGGGACUGCCCCCAGGUGCAGUGUAUAGCAGAUUACUCUGCCCAGCAGCCCGGAGAGCUGAGCCUGCUGAUUGGGGAUGUCCUCAAUGUGAUCCAGAAGACCAAUGACGGCUUCCUGGAGGGCCGGAGGCCGGUGGACGGGGAGAGGGGCUGGUUCCCCAGCAGCACUGUGGUGGAGAUCUCCAGCGAGUAUGUUCGGCGGAGACACCUGCGGCAGCGUUACCAUGUCCUGCAGGCCGCCAACCGGGUGCUGAGACGCCGCAUCAUGUCCAGGGGCAGCGUUCCCACCACCUGCUGAGGUUCCCUGAGCCUGGACCCCGAAUGCAUAGCGUUAGAUUAUAUUCAAGAACUGGGAAAGGUGAUUAUGUGUUGUAAAUAUCAUUAAAGCAUUUACAUUUGCUUGGAUUUUGCACAGGAUGUAUGUUCCACAUGAAGUGUUUUCUGGUAAGAUUAUGGUCAACCUGUCACUAACCACUUUCACUAAUGGGUUAUUUUUGGUUCAAGGUUGCCAGUUGACGCAUAAUGGUUAGUAAAACCAGUCCUUUCUUUUCACAACUGGACCAGAGGUAGACUUGGUGGACAUCACCUGUUCAGUCAGGUAACAUACGUAGCCUAAUAUUAUUAUACAACAACCUUAUAAAUCACUUAAAAAGUUUUUUUUUUAAGUGAAAAAUAACACGCACACACUCCUUUGCACUGUAAAAUUUACAACGAUACCUUUUGUAAAUGUCAUAUGAAUGUCGCAUUAUUAUUUUUACGCAGUGGGUAGAAUGAAAACAUCAAAA